GUUUGUGGAUGUAGCAGGUAACUGUCUUGAAUUUCAGAUCACAAUUUCAGGAACCAUUCGCCAACCUCGGGAGCCAUGGAAUACCAGUCGAACGUGAUCAACUCACAGCCUCAGGUCACCGUCACCCAGUACACUGUGUCGUCUGGGUCAUCGGAGUGGAGUUCAAAUGUGUGCGACUGCUGCGAAGACUGCGGCAUCUGUCUUUGUGCAACGUUUGUUCCCUGUAUCCUGGCCUGCAAGGUGGCUCAGGAUAAUGACGACAGCUGCUGCGUGCCCUUCCUGCCUGGUGCCAUGAUUGCUUUAAGGACAAGCAUCCGCAGCAGAUACCGCAUUGGAGGCUCAGUGUGUGACGACUGGCUGGUCAUGGCCUGCCUGCCGCUGUGUGGACUGUGUCAAAUGGCACGGGAGCAGAAGAUGAGAGGAUGAAAACAAGGGACUUUGUGUUAUUUUCAGGUUACAAAGCAAAAGGAUAUGUGGAAAUUUGCAUUCAGUUGCCUUGAAACAACUUCUGUAUAUGAAAUUCAACUUUUAAAUGUAUUGGCAUGACUGUAAUUAGGUAUGUAAUUGGCUAAACAGUAAGAAUAACAGCCUGAUCAUCACACUUAACUGCCAGUGAAUAUUGUUUUUUUUUUUAUCAUCCUAUAUUGUUGUAUAUUAUAUACAUAUUUGAAAACAAUUGAAAUUCCAGCAGCAUGUUACAGACUUGGAACCAGGCUAAAUAUUUCAGAUCUUUCAUAACAGGUUAAACAGCGACACACUGUGCUGAAACUGUCUUUAUGCAAGGUACCAAUAAAAAAAUGGAAAAAGGAACUGCUCAGAUUUACAGCAACCAUGACUUUUUUUGUACAGUAAAUCCACAAGCCAGUAAUGAUGAGUUCACACACAUUAUUUAUUUUAGAACGGAAUAGUGUCUUUUUUGUUUCUGUAAAAGGAAUGUUUCAAAGAUAUUGUAAAUUCACUCAAGCAACAUUAUUUCAAUUAAACCAAUUAGAAUUA